UCUGAGUUGCCGCCAAAUCCCUCUAUCUUACAAUUCCCACCAUAGAGCUUCUGCAAUGCUUGCUUUCCAUCAACUUCACGCUCCUACCGCCAUUUCCUAUACUCUCUUUAAAACCCUAAACCCCAUUUUCACUAUCCCCAUCACUCAUCCUCUCUUCCCCUCCACGCCUCCUGUCCUUUCCCUGUCAAACUCCUCAUUUUCUCGCCGCCAUUCCUACUUUAUCUCUCGCCGGAAUUUUACCUCCUCCGCGCCGGCCUGUUGUGCCCGUGAGCUCUCAGGCAGUAGCAGUGCCGACUGUGAAGAGGAUGAAGAGGGGCUCGAGGAUUUUGAGGACAGAGACGAAGGAGAUUAUUCUGACAGCAACAAUUAUGAUGUUGAUGUCACAAUGUUUGAGCGAGAAGCUAAGGACGCAGUCCGAGAGUACUCUAACUAUUUGUCUCGCGUUUUGACAAUUGAAGAUGAGAAGGACGACCCCAAGGACACAGCUAAGAUGCAGAAGAGGAGUAAGGCCGGGACAAGCAACGUCCCUGACAAUCUUCUUCCAAGGGUUGCAAUUGUUGGGAGGCCAAAUGUUGGCAAAUCAGCAUUGUUUAAUCGUCUUGUUGGGGGAAACAAGGCCAUUGUGGUGGAUGAACCUGGAGUUACUAGGGAUCGCUUAUAUGGUAGGUCAUUUUGGGGAGACCAUGAAUUCAUGGUAGUGGACACAGGUGGAGUUCUCACUGUUUCAAAAUCACAAGAUGGUGUUAUGGAAGAGCUGGCUAUUUCUACUACCAUUGGUAUGGAUGGUAUUCCACUUGCUUCCAGAGAGGCAGCCGUUGCGAGGAUGCCCUCAAUGAUUGAGAGACAGGCUGCUGCAGCUGUGGAAGAAUCAUCUGUUAUUAUUUUCCUGGUUGAUGGCCAGGCAGGCCUAAUGGCAGCUGAUGUGGAGAUUUCUGAUUGGUUACGUAAGAACUACUCCCAUAAAAGUGUCAUUCUUGCAGUGAACAAGUGUGAGUCUCCACGGAAAGGAAUUAUUCAGGCAUCUGAAUUUUGGUCCCUCGGGUUUGAACCAAUCCCUGUGUCAGCUAUAUCCGGGACGGGAACUGGAGUGCUACUUGACCUUGUAUGUUCAGGGCUGGAGAAAAUUGAGGAAUCAGAGAAAAUUGAUGAAGAAGAUUAUGUUCCUGCAAUAUCAAUUGUAGGUAGACCUAAUGUUGGCAAAAGUAGUAUUUUGAAUGCGUUAAUGGGUGAGGACAGAACAAUAGUCAGUCCUGUCAGUGGCACCACUCGUGAUGCCAUAGAUACUGAAUUUACCGGAGCAGAUGGCCAGAAGUUUCGCCUUAUUGAUACUGCUGGAAUCAGGAGAAGGGCAACUGUAGCCUCAGCAGGCAGUGUGACAGAGGCUCUGUCAGUGAAUCGAGCAUUUCGUGCUAUUCGCCGUUCUGAUGUUGUUGCUCUUGUCAUUGAGGCUAUGGCUUGUAUCACGGAACAGGACUGCAAGAUAGCUGAGAGAAUAGAAAGAGAAGGGAAAGGUUGUGUGAUAGUUGUGAACAAGUGGGAUACAAUACCAGAUAAAAACCAGCAGACUGCGACCUACUAUGAACAAGAUGUCAGAGAGAAGCUCCGCUUACUUAACUGGGCUCCCAUUGUUUAUUCUACUGCAAUAGCUGGUCAUAGUGUUGACAAGAUUAUUGUAGCUGCUAGUACAGUUGAAAAGGAGAGAUCAAGACGACUUGGUACUUCUAUUCUGAAUCAAGUAGUGCAAGAAGCAGUGGUUUUUAAACCACCCCCCAGGACACGAGGUGGAAGAAGAGGGCGAGUUUACUAUUGUACUCAGGCUGCUGUAAGGCCGCCAACGUUUGUUUUCUUUGUCAAUGAUGCAAAACUCUUUCCUGAGACUUAUCGCCGUUAUAUGGAGAAGCAACUGCGUUCAGAUGCUGGUUUUUCGGGGACACCUAUUCGUCUUCUGUGGCGCAGCCGAAGGAAAUCGGGAAGAGAUGAAGGCAAAGCUGAAAAAAGGGGACAAGUGAACCAUUCAUCACGUGAUCGAAAAUUAAUGUCAACUGCGCUAUAGGAUCAGACGUGGCAGAAAUGGCUGGGUUUCUGUUUGCAGCGUUGAAAGAGAAUGGGCCUAUUUUGAGGGGCUACUUGCUGAAUCCUCACUGCAGUUAAGCAGCUCGCUGGAAGAAAUUAAGAGGAUAGGGAAAGCUCGACAUGGACUUUGAUUAUUACCUCAAUUUUGGAUAAUAAUUGUGUCGUGUCCUUUCAGGGAUUUUGAUGGUUCUGUAAUUUAAGCGCCACUUGAAGUUAUACGUUUCCAGCACACUCAGUGCAAAUAGCUUCGUUGUAAAUUUAUGUACAAAACAGGCAGUUAUUAAAUACAUUUUGCCUAAUAUAAUGUAUCUAUACUAUUACGCCAA